AUCAAAGGGAGGAUGUCUAUAUAUAAGAUCGUAACGAUGUGAGCUAGCAAUUCUCAUUCAAGUUCUAGAGAAAUAUGGCAGUGGCUACUAAAACAGUGCAAAUUAAGAUCAAGUCCAACGGUGAUGUUUUUCACGAGUUAUGGAAGGCAAAUCCCCAUGAAGUUCCCACUAUAACCCCAACUACCAUCCAAAACUGUCAAAGCCAUGAAGGCGAUGUUGGAACCGUGGGCUCUGUGCUUUUCUGGAACUAUUUUCAUGAUGGAAAAGACCGUGUUGCAAAAACCCUAAUCAAAGAAAUCGACGAGGGCAAAAAGUCUGUUACCUUCAAGGUACUUGAAGAUACGCUUUUGGAGUUUUACAAGACGGUCACCAAAGACAUAGAGACUCACCAUCUCCAAAACUAA